AUGUCAGACGCGGCAGUGGACGCCAGCUCCAAGAUCACCAAGGACUUGAAGGAGGAGAAGGAAGCUGAGGUGGAUGCAGAGAGUGGAAGAGACGCACCUGCCCAUGGGGAGGCUCGAAAUGAGGAAAAUGGGGUGCAGGAGGCUGACAGUGAGGUAGAUGAAGAAGAGGAAGAAAGUGGGGAGGAGGCGGAAGGGGAAGAAGGUGAUGGUGAGGAAGAGGACGGAGAUGAGGAUGAGGAAGCUGAGGCUCCUACGGCAAGCAGGUAG